AAUAUCAAGAUUGUGAUUCUACUGUUUCUAUUUUUACUAUAGUUUAGACUUAGACAUCUACUAUUUUAUAUUAUCCAUGUUCUUAAGUUUAAAGAUCUAAAAAUCGUUAUCUUUUCUUUUAGAAUAAAAAUGGUGCAUUUGAACGCCUUUGAAGGCACUAGGUAAUCAGUUUUUGAUGUCUUGAAAUAUUUUUUUACAAUAAUUAUAAAUUUUUUUCACAGAAAUAUGUUCCGGAAUUAAAUCUUCGGGGGUAAUCUAGGGGCUGCUGAUUUAGAAUAUGCAAACAGUCAAUUUUUGUAACUUGAGUAAUAAUUGAACCAUGUAAAUGGCUGAACGGUUGGAACUUCGAAACUUGGUAAUCGAAUCCGAUACACCAUCAACGAGUUCACCAGUCACACCGAUCACUUCUCCAAAAACACAAGUCAACAUUCUUGGUAUUUUGCUAGCUGCCUUAUCAUCUUUAUUCUUCUCACUGAGUUCAUUAAUAGUCAAAUGGCUGAGCGAUGUGGACCCAUUGGAAUUGGCCACGAUACGUUUUAUUGGAGUACUUCUACCUACCAUACCCAUAUUGAUUUACAAAAAUCAAAAUCCGUUUCCUAAAGGUCAGAGACUCAUGCUACUGCUGCGUUCGUUUGCUGGAGCCACUUCAUUGUCUCUGACUUUUUAUGCUUUUAGACAUAUGCCAUUAGCUGAUGCUUCAGUAAUUGUGUUUAGCGUACCUGUAGUGGUUGCAAUAUUUGCCCGAAUCUUUCUUAAAGAACCAUGUGGAUUAUUUCAUUACUUUGCAUUAUUCUUGACCAUGUUAGGAGUCUUAAUGAUAACAAGGCCUCCAAUAUUAUUUGGGCAGACAACCAAACAUAACAAUUUCUUAGGCCCAUUAGCUGCUCUGCUAUCAACAUUUUUUGCGGCUAUUGUUUAUAUACUACUUAGAGCAUUAAAGAAUCUGCAUUUCAGCGUUAUAAUGACAAGUUUUGCUACAUAUUCAAUAUUACAAACUUCUGGCAUGGCAUGGGCUACUGGGGGUAUGUGCUGGCCAAAAUGUGGCACUGAGCGGCUGUUGGUUGUUGCUUUAGGUGUAUUUAGUUUUUCUGGGCAGAUGUUGUUGACCAUAGCAGCUCAACUUGAAGAAGCCGGAUUGGUAGCUAUAGCAAGAACUGUCGAUGUAGUGUUUGCUUUCAUGUGGCAGAUAAUAUUUUUCAAUGAAAUGCCCAACAUAUUCAGUAUUGUAGGUGCUGUAUUGGUAACUUCAUCAGUUGUACUAAUAGGUCUCAGGAAGUGGAUGAUGUCCAUGCCAACUACAUCUGUUGUUAGAAAAAAGUUUGGUUUUCUACUAUUAUGACAUCUAUAAUAUUAUUAUUGUUUUUAUUUAUUGUUAAACUAUUGAUCUUGCACUUGUGUUAUAACUUAAAUGAAUUAUUAUACUUUAGGGUAGAUUAAUAUCAUGUAUAUUGUAAAAUAUAUAUAUUUGAUAUUAAUCAAAUGAGUUUUUACAAAUAAUCAGCUCAAUUUUAGUUUACACAUUAAAUUAUUUUUUAGUUUUAAAUCUAAAUAAUUAAAAUUCUGAGACUAACUCUUAGAAACAUUGACUUGUAAUAUUAAUAAUUGUUUAUUUUAUAUAGUUAUAUUAAUAUGUAAAGGAACAGUGUCAAAAUAUGUACUGUAAUCAAUUAAGUUAGUUUUUUCAGAAACAACUAUUUAAUUUUAACCGUGACUAACAAUAUUAAAAUUAUUUUAAAAUAAAUAUUAAGAAAAUCAUUAAUAUUUAGCAUUUAAAAUAAAUGAUUAUUUUUGCUUACAUCCAAUAUUAUAAAUUCAGAUUUGUGAUUAAUAUUAGUUAAUAUUUUCACAAAUGUAUAGAAAAGAUUAUAUAGAUAUUGUAUUACAUUAUAUUAUAAUGUAACUAAUUGAAAUAAUUAAAUAAAACUAAAUAUUUCUAUUUAAGUAUUAUAAUAUAUUUGUAUCAACAUAACAUAAUACUCAUCAUGGAAAGUAUUUUUUUUUAGAAAAUUUAGGAAUCAAUAGCCAAGAAAUGUUAAAACUAUUGUUACAUAG